AUGGUCAGCAGAAGCCUUGAGUCUGAGUCAGCACACAUUUGUGGACCCCACUGCCUGGGCCCCUUGACCUUCCAUAAGGAGGUGGUGGGGGCCUUGGUGAGCCUGAGCCAGGGGGCCAGGCGGGCAGACAGGACUGGGGUCACCUUCAGACACGGCCUGGUGUUCAGCAGCCGCCCGGUACGGCCCCAGGAGAGGGUGCGUCUGCGAGUGGAGUUGUGCGAGCUGACCUGGCAUGGAGCUAUGCGUGUGGGCUUCACCAAUGUACUUCCUAUUGCCAGAGCCCUGCCCUCCCUGGCCAUCCUAGACCUCACAGACCUCCCUGGCCACUGGGCCGCUCCUGUCCCUGAGACUUGCUGCCUGCCAGGCUCAGAGCUGGACUUCUGGGUCUCCCAUGGCGGUAGAGUGUAUUUCAGAAAUGCCAACAGCCGAAAAAACAGCCGAAAACACAAACUGCUGAAGGGAGUGGACCUCAGCUGUCCCCUGUGGGCCAUGAUUGACAUGUAUGGGCAGACCUGCUCUGUGCUCUUACUGGGGUCGGAGAAGAAAGAGUUUUUGGGGAAUCAAAAGUCCUGUCCUGCUCCUCAACGGCGUUCCUCCUGUUCUGCUCUUCAGAGACACACCUCACUCAAUUUUGACAACUAUGUGAAUGUGAGACAGAUUUGUGAUGACAUUCAUGACAGCUAUCUUCUUCCCCGUCCAGCCAAUAAGCAGACAUCAGACUGUGAGAGCGUGGAGGACUGUGUGGUGUGUAUGAGCCAGAAGGCCUGUAUCAGCCUGCAGUGUGGCCACCAGUGCCUGUGUCUCCAGUGUGCCACCAGAGUGAUCCAGGAGUUUGGAAACUGCCCUCUGUGUCGCCAGAACAUCAAGAGCUUCCUGCAAACUAAAUGA